AUGAAGGUGUGUGAAAUUUGGGGUGAAAAUAGUCUUGGAACCAAAAGAUCUCGCAUGCCUUUUAUAGGACGAAGGUCGGAUCCGGAGGGAAGAGUCAGCAGGAUGUCAUUUUUUUGGAUUGCAUUGCUCAAUCUCAUGGUUGUUGUGAUGGGUCAUGGAGGUGAUGGUGGUAACAAGCCACCACAUCAAUUCAGUAGAGGUUUUAAUGAUCACCAGAUCAAUGUGCCUCCAAAACGAAAAGGCAUGGCAACAUUGUUUGAUUUUGGAGCGAUUACAAAUUAUCCCAUGGGUCCAGUUUAUUGGGCGUCACUGAACAAUCGAAUAUGUGCACAAUAUAGAGGCCUCAAAAAUGUUGCAAAAACUCGUUUGACUGGUUCUGAAGGGGUUGUGGAGGUAGAAAGGGCUCAAGCCCCUACGGUUAAACAGAAUUUGAAUAGCAUCGAAGCAUUUCAUCGUGGGCAUGUGAAUAAACAAGUGGAAUUUUUUGAUCAUUUGGUUGUAGACCAAUAUGUUGCUCUACAGACUCAUCACAUAGUCGGCUCUAGUAGUGAUCUAGACACCAUUGAUUGGAUCGCAAUAUUUGAGAAGAUGUUGGGUACUCGAAGGGGGCAUGUGAGAGGCAUUGGGCCUAAACCUUCUUCAGCAACGGCCGAAAAAACUUCGAUCGGUGACCGGAAAGGUAAUACAAACAACGACAAUAGGGACGAUAGUGAUCUUUUAGCGACGACAGGCAUCAGAUACGGUGCUAUUUGCGACGACAAUGGAGUAUUAGCUACGAGAUCGAGUAAGGAAAGAAACGAGCGAGGAGGACGAUUGGAGUCUUCGGCAGUGGCUGGCGAUAAUGAGGAGGGGUGGUGUCGAUCUCCGACGAUCACUCCUUCAUUGUUCCUUUUCCCGAUCCGGAAUCAAAACACACAUGAGAGGGAGGCAGUUUCAGUCGCCGAUCAAAGGAUGUGUCAUAGGUGCUCAAUCGGACCGAUGAAGGAAGAAUAA